GCUUAGAUGAGUGCUCGGGCUUGAUGAUCAUCAAUAUCAGAGAUACUCUUAACGGAUUUUUCAGUGAUAAGUUAGAGAUUCUUUUUGUGAUAAAAUUUGUGAAUGUGAAUUUUGGAGUGGUGGCAUAGAAGGGUUUUUCUCGUAGUGAUUCUACAAGGGAUGUUACCAGAGUAGCAUCUCUAGCCUCAUCCUCAAAUCCGUAACAUCAUGUUCCAUUCAGCCGUCAACUCAACAGGCUACAACGAAGUAAAUUCUUCAGGAUUCCAUCAGCAUCUUCAGCAAUCGCCUGUUUACGUUCCCGGAAAUCGGUCGGCUGCGGCCAUGCCACAAUAUCCUUCACCAGCUGGUGGACAUUUUGGAACAACAGCUCAUCAAAAUGCCUGGCACACAGGAAGUGGAUACGCAGAAAUGGGUGGACCAACUGCACAUAGUUUAGGUGCGACAGGACAUCACGCAGGUGCAUUAGCUGCCGGACAGUUUUAUGCUCAAAACAUGAUGAUGAGGUCUUGGGGCGCUUACGAUGGCGGUUUCCAGCGUAGCUCGCCCUACGAUCCUUCACUCGAAUUUCAAUUUGGAGAAGGUCGGGAGUGCGUGAAUUGUGGUGCGAUUAGCACGCCCCUUUGGAGACGCGAUGGUACCGGACAUUAUCUAUGCAACGCCUGCGGACUCUAUCACAAAAUGAACGGCAUGAACAGGCCUUUGAUUAAACCUUCAAAAAGACUGACAGCAACUCGUCGCUUAGGCCUCUGCUGCACGAACUGCGGCACCCGAACGACGACUUUAUGGCGACGCAACAACGACGGCGAACCCGUCUGCAACGCGUGCGGCUUGUACUUCAAGUUGCACGGUGUGAAUCGGCCCUUGGCGAUGCGCAAAGACGGCAUCCAAACGAGAAAAAGAAAACCCAAGAAACCGGCGGGAUCCAACGGGCCCGGCGGUGGUAGUGGGCCGACCGGUUCUGAAAGGGAGGACAGCAACUCCGCCCCUACUGAAGAAUCAAAAUUGGUCCACCGUCAAUCGUCACCUCCUCCAAGUCAUCACCAUCAGCAGCAGCAGCAGCAGCCUCACACCAAUCAAGCUCAAUGUCCGUCUCAGAAUAACAACCAAACGAAUCUACAUGAAAAAUCAGCGUUUGGCAGUAAUUCAGAAAGGCCCUAUUUAGGACAGACUUCUUUGUUACCCGCUACUAGUACGAGUUCAAUAAAAAGCGAGCCGCUGUACGAAUAUAGUUGUUUACAAAAUCAACCGACUUACCCGUACCAGCAACUUUUCGGCUUUUCCGGUCCAUCUUCAGGCAACAGCGAGAUGGCCUACCAUCAUCAGCAUCACGUGACUGCGGCCGCUAAGCUCAUGGCUUCCUCAUAGCCACACUACUUUCUUCUGUAAGGAUUUAAUUUAUUAAAUUUGUAUUUAUUUUGUAAAUAAGCAAACUUAAUGCUUCUACAAAAAAUCUUUAUAAUUUGUUGUCGACCAAAACGUAUUUUCUUGAAUUAAAAGACUGCUUUAAAGACGUCAUUGCUAUAGUAGUUAUAUAAGCACAAAUGUAUGUUAGUAAUUCAAAGGUGUACUUGGCUAAUUAUCAUUUCAGUAUCAUAUUGACAUUAGUCAUCCAACCCAGAUUUUAAGUGCCCCUUUAAAUUAUUUUGUUUUGUUGUAUAAAUAGGUAAAUCACGCAAUUUGAAUAUUGUUUUUAUAAUUAUACAAAAGUUCCUCCUUUCUUUUUAGCUCAUAUUGAGUUAAAGUGCAAUAUAAAUUGAGU